CACGGAGAGUCAAGCUCCAUCACUCCGCAGCGUCAGAAUUUUGAACAACGCCUCCUAGCCACUUCUACUCUUUCCUGGCUAUUAUUAAACUUCGCAUAUAAAUACAAGGGAAAUAAUUGUCGUAGAUAUUUUCAGUAAAACCUUCGUAUCAGGCAGAUUUAAUCGAGAAAAUAUCUAAAACAUUGUGCUGGUUAUCUUGAGCCUCUAAGCAGGAGCUUAUUGUUUGUCGUCCUAUCCUAUCUGAUCUUUUGUCUGCCAAAAAAUUAUUUCGUGAUGCAAGAUGGCGCGUCGAAAGCAAAACAAGAGAACGCAAUUGAUUUGAAAAACAUACAUUAAAAGGAGCAUAACGUGGCGCUUGCUUGAAACUUGUUUUGCAAACUAAAGUUAUCACAUUGAAUCAUGUAAAGGUGGAUUUAUUCCAACGAUUCAGUUAAUGACUCACUGCUUAUUUAUUUCCUUCCCUAAGAGUUAAAUUUAGGCCACAUAAUACCAAGUUUGGUAUACCUUCGCAUAUGGAGUUACAAGGGAAGCGAGAAGAAAACUAUUGUGCAUUCAGACACCAUAUUUUAACCAACUGGGUCUUCUCAAGAGUAAAUCCAAGUUCUUUCUUGGAAUUGGAAAAUGGAAAAGGUUGGAAAGUAUGUUUAUGAGAAGAAAGAUUUGAUAGGCCAUGGUGCAUUCGCCAUUGUUUUCAAGGGAAGCCUGAAGGAGAACCCUUCGAAAAAUGUUGCUAUCAAAACCAUAUCAAAGAAAAAUAUUGGAAAGACUGAAGGACUUCUUGGGAAAGAAAUCAAAAUAUUGAAAGAUCUUCAUCAUGACCAUAUUGUGCAGCUGCUUGACUGCAUUGAAACUACUUCUCAUGUUUACUUGGUGAUGGAGUAUUGCAAUGGUGGAGACUUGGCUGAUUAUUUGCAAGCAAAAGGGACUCUGAGUGAAGACACUAUUCGGCAGUUUGUGCUGCAGUUAGCCUCUGCUAUGCGAAUUCUGAAUUCCAAGGGCAUCGUUCAUCGUGAUUUGAAGCCACAGAACAUCUUGUUGAGUUACAAGGGGAACAAAUGUCCGCAACCAGAUGAAAUCAAAGUCAAAAUUGCUGAUUUUGGCUUCGCAAGAGUCCUUGAUGGAGAGAUGAUGGCAGCAACACUUUGUGGAUCCCCUAUGUAUAUGGCUCCAGAGGUAAUAAUGUCAAAGGCCUAUGACGCAAGAGCAGAUUUAUGGAGCAUCGGCACCAUUAUUUAUCAAUGCUUGACUGGCAAAGCACCUUUCCAGGCAAGCAACCCCCAGAACCUUCGAAAGCUUUAUGCAACCACGAAGAACCUUUCUCCAAGGAUUCCUCCUGGCUGUUCUCAAGUAAUGAAGAAUCUCUUAGUUAACUUGCUGAAAAAAGACCCAGAAGAAAGGCUGAAUUUUGAUCAAUUCUUCAACCAUCCAUUUCUUUCCAACACUGCACCAAUGAAUCACUCAAGCCCAAUGGCUGUUCCUUCGAGAAGAAGAGCGUUUUCUGCAAGUUCCAAAGGCAUUAGAUCGCCAAUGUUUUCUCCGUUUGGUGUUUCAACGAGCCCUGACCUGGAUCAAGGGACGGAGCUCAUGCAAGACCCACUUCUGUCUCCUACAUUAGCCCAAGCAUCACCGUUGGAACGGUAUGGUCGAUUUAGAGCAGGUCAAGAUGUCUGUCAAGAUGUCAGAAAUCUAACUGGACCUUCCUCUUUACCAGAGGGCUUUAUUGUUGUGGCAGAUGAAAUCAAGAGAAGCUCCUCUGGUCCAGGUAUUGUUCCGAGUGGUGCAAGAAAGAUUCCUUAUUCUCGUGUGAGUCCUGGAAAUCGGACAAAGCCAACAGGAAGCACAAAGCCGUUAUUUUCUGUUGGCUCACCAUCAUCACCUUUUUGCUCACCUAGAAACACGCCGCCUUCGAACUCACCACUUCGCACACCAUCUCCAAGAAGCUUAUUGGAUUUGUCUUCAUCACCGAGGUGCAGUCCGUCUGAGCAUACUCCUCCGCAUCGUGGCUCCCCUUUAACCAACAUACAAGAAGUUGAAAAUGAAGCGCGUUACGCUACGUCUGAAAAUGUCCCGAUUAGACGGAGAAACUCAUCGAGGAGGAAACUGAGCGGGGUUGAUGUUUCACCCGAGUACGCAGCUUUUCGAGAUAGAAUGACUGACGAGAACCUUUUCAGAAAAUUGUCCAUACCCCAAAAGACAAUACCAAGUGCCUUAAGUAAAACACAAUCUAGAGAGAAGCUAGAACAACCAAGUCCACCUGUUGCCCGUCCUUUGGGCAAGGAAAUUUCGAAAAGGAAACGAGCGACGAGUGAAACUAUGAUUCAUCAAAAGUCUCUAACUGAGUUGGAGAGUGAAGGAGGCAAGAGUAUGCUGUUACCCGACGUCAGAAAAUUAAGCACAGAAAAUGCAAGUCAAAAAGGUCGCGGCAUAAGCAGAGUUCAGUCGUCUCCGGCGUUUUUAUCCGAAGUUGUGAAACGGCUUUCUGUUCCACUAAGAACAGAUACCGGGGCUGCGACUCAGAGUUUUUCAGAUUUCCUGCGGCAAAUAGCAACUGAAGGUCUGGGAUCGGCACCGUUAGCCAAGCUCUCGUCGCCGAUAUUUAAAAUAGCCGAUCAUGUAGAUUCACCUCAGUCAGACUUCAGCGGCUCGACCCCGCCUACUUUUUUGCAGAUUUCGCCCAGCAGCUGGUCUGAGCUCGCCGAACUUGCAGUUGCAAGGGAAAGAAGGAUUUCACUAUCUAAGCGAUCGGUUUCGCGGACACCAUCAGAUGCAAGUGAACGGAGCGAGAGGCGAAUUAGUGAACAAAGCACAGAUGCCCCCAAGCACUCUCAGCCACAUGUGAUCACGUGCAAAGGUUCGAAGGCUACUGUUGGCUUUAUAGAAAGCCCCAAAGCGGGCGAUAUCAUUAAAAAGCUUUCAUUAGACCCUUCUUCGCCAUUCGGGAUCGAUACCCACAUAGGCCCUGUGAUGCUAGAGGCCCCGGAUCUUCCGGAAGAAACCUUAAUGCCAAAUGAACAUUUGAAAAUUAUGGAAAUAAUAGAAAGGACAGCAUGUUACGCUGAUUGCAUCAUAGGAAUUUCUGAACAAGCUGAGAAUUUUUGGUCAGAGACGUACGAUCUAUUAAUCAAACACACGAAAACGUCCAGAAAGAGAGGAUUAGAAUCCAUAUUACCUUCUGAGGAACUAAGGCAAAUGCAACAAGUUGCGCUACUUUCCGAAGCAGUAAGGAUAUUUUUGAAUCUACUCGGAUUUGCUCAAAGCGAAGUUGCCGCUGAUAAUUUGAGACCAACAAAAGCAAUGAAAAGUGCUUUAUUAUCUGUGAAAGAGAAAACGACAGCUUGUUGCAGGAGGCUUUCUUUGCUGAAGAAAAACAUAGGGAGACCAUCCAAAGACUGGAAAGGCGUGGCUUCAAAUGCCAAAUUACUGAUCUACUUGCAUGCAAUGGUUUUGUGUCGCAAUGCUGCAUCCGAUGAACUUCUCCAAAAACCUUUCAAUCAACCGGAUGAAAAAUAUAAAGUUGCCCGAUAUUUACUCGAGGGAUUGUUAUCUGAAGCGGAAACUGAAUGUGACAGAGUCACUGUCACAAAGUAUCUGUCUGCGAUUGAGCAAAGGCUUGGGUUGCAGAGAUUAUGAUGCUUGCCAAAAUGUUUGCUAUCAGAUACCACUAAAGCGAGAAAAAUUAAUCUCCUUUGAUCUGCUAUCAAAGAAGAUUUAUAAAUAUUGUCCUUAUGUAUGUUCUAGUUAUUGCUUAAUUAGAUGUCAAAUAAAAAAGAAGAUUUUCAUAGAAAAAGCCGAACUUUAUCAACCUUUCUGCCCUUAACAGCAAAUUUUAUUUUUUGUAAAUUCCAUAAACUAUAUCUAGUGUCUUUUCCAAAAGGUUGGGCACAUAUCCAACCAAUAACUGAAAAUGUAAUCUCUUUUGUAUACUCAUUAAUUUAUUUGAAGACAACUUUCAAAGGCUCUUGCGCAACCGGCAUGCUUUGCGAUUAUAUUUUCAAAACCGGCCUAAUAUCGUACUGCAUGAAAAUACAAAUCGCAAUCAAUUUUUCAAGACAGCUGUCGCUAAGCAUGCCGGUCGCGUCAGAGCCUUUAAUGUGCCCAUUUGAAUGCUGUCUAUUAUUUUUAAUUUUGAUAAGCUUUUUUAUUGUUUCUCUAUCGACAUAGCUUAAAGAAGUUCCUAGAACGUCCUUAAUGCUAAUAUGCUCUUGAAAUAUCCUUAGAUCUAUCACAAAUGUACAACUCAGAAAGACCCAUUUUACAAACAUUCUAGAAACGAUAACAUUAUCUUAAUGCUUUAACAUUCUGAUGUAACUGUUAUCCGUAUAAGACAAGUCAUAACAACAUGCCAUAUACAGUAUUGUUCAAUAACCUAUAUGAAUCGAUGUAUUUUUUUGUUUUCAUUUUAUUUACGCGUUGGUUUGUACGCGUUUAUUUUUGCUUCUAAGAGAGUAAAGUUUAGAAUGGAGUUAGGCACUAAAUAAGAACGAAAAAAAAUUCUUUGAAGAGAAGAAUAAGGGUAAAUUUUUUAAGCAUUUUGUUAUAUCCAGCUUUUAGUAGCAAGGAAACUGCAUAAUCUUUAGAAGGUAUCACUUAUGCAUUGGAUGGCAUAGAAAUAUGUCAUAUAACAGAGCGAUUAUAAGAGAGUUAACUAGCCCUCAGCUCUUUUUACGUUUGAUUUAUUGUGUAAAACAUUGUGUAUAGUCCAUCUUUGCGCGCUUGUAUUUUAGUUUUGUUAGACUAGUUUUCAACAGUUUUAGCUGUAAGUUACUUGUAGUUGGUUGGUGUAGAUUUUGAAAUAGAAUUGUAGUAGGAAAUGCGUUUUUCAAACCAAUAUGUAAGCAUUUUUAUAGUAAAUAGAACGGGUUUCAUGUAUGUCUCAUUGAGAUUAUAUGCUUGAAAGAUCGUGAAACGAUUGUUGCACAAAGAAAUGCCAUACAGAGUUUAUAAACAUUACCAAUUAGAGGCAGCAUCGUCGAUCCAAUUAGAGGCUGCAUCCCGAUGGAGGCUAAGGCUGAUUGCAAAAUUGGGCCUAAAUGCGUUGAAUAACUUCGUUUCAGAAGUGCUUGUGCUUUAAGCCUUGGUGAAUGCCACCAUGGUGUUCUGGAGACGACAAGCUUUUCUGUUAAGUAUAAACUAGCCCAGUGUAUAACAAAAUCGAUAUAAGCGCUUGACCUGGAGACAUUUAUCAUGUGUAUAUGUAAAAAUAUUAACAAGGCUACUGUUUGUAAGUUUUUGGAUUGUAAGCAAUGUUCAUUUAUGCUAGAUUUGAAUUCGUUUGCUCGAUAUACUGCAAGUGUUAUUGAUCAUGCGUUGCUACAGAAUGCCCGAUGUCAAUUCUUUCAGACUUCUUCUUGUUUAUUCGAAGCAUGAAUUUGAGUAACUUUCACAGGCAGCUCCUUGGGCCUAAGUUACUCAUCAAUGUUUUCAACAAUUAGGUUUUGUCAUUUUCCUUCCGAGCGAAUCCAACAGAAAAUGCUGUAUCAAUUUUAGAUCCGGCUGUAAACCUGUAAUCCUAAGAAAGGUUGCUCAUUUUGUUUUCAAGAGAGACAAAACCCUGUUUCAAGUAUUUUAUUAUUCGAGAGAGAAUGCACCGCUAAAGCCUCUUGCGAAACUAGCUCAAUGGGGCCACCUUUAAGACACCAGGGAAAAUUAUGAAGUGCCCCGAUAAUUCAAACAAUUGAAUAGUAACUCUGUCCCUACCGCAGUUCAUGGCGUAACAUCAUGUAACGUUUAUUUCUAUAAACUAAUCAAAUGAAUAAAUAGAGGUCUUUGUUAUUGAUCUAGAUCUUCCAUAAGAAGAUUUCAGUUGUUUAAGCAUAUAAGAAGAAAAUUCACAAACAAAGCAUACUCGUGGUUUUCAUAUAAAAGUGAAUGGAUGACCAAAUUCAUGCAAAAAUUUCAACAGCAGUGUCUAGUUUUUAGUACCCAGCGGGUUCGCCUCCCUUUCUAAAGUCCGACUCGGCAUAUAGAUCAGAGCAUUUCGAUAUGUCUUCUUUUCUAUACGAACAGUGCUGCCAGUCACCGGAAACACGAGCUAUGGCUUGUACAACUGCGUGGUUGACGUCAUCCUUCACGACCUGCAAGAGAUGCAAUGGACUGUAUUAGAUCGCAUUGAUUUUGAUGAACUAUCAACUACAAUAGUCUACAAUACAAGACAAGAUUCUGGCUUAAGUUCCACUUUUUCAGGUUUUUCUGUGUCGCAAGGGUAUCGUUUAGGUACCUUAUGGUGAAAUUGAAAAUAUUUUGAGGCAUGCUACCUUGCACCUUGGACCAAAGUUUGUUUAUUUGUGGAAGAUUCUGGUUAAAAAGAUGUAAUAAUAAAGAUCCUUGGGAAGUUAGAAUGUUUUGCAGACGGUCUUUAUGUUCUUGCUGGACAGCUUUUAAUGCUUCUUUCGUCUUCCUAUAUAUAUCAUAUAAUAAACAACCAUUAUCAUCAUGAUGUCACCCCAGCAAUACAUGAAAUAAUCUUGCAUUAUGCAGGAUAAACACAAGCCAAACAGAUGUGGAAAACUAUCUACCUUGUGUUUGUACAUUUGCAAAAUUGACACAGUUUCAUUGGGGAAACGGGUCUCGACGAAUACUUUGUCUGGAAUCAGCUGGCUGUGAAUACGAGGAGCUUGGACUGCGUCUUUCAACGACAUAUCAAACCAAAGGUGGUUCAUUAUGACCUGAAACAAGUACGUCAUCAAUCAACUAAGUACCUCAGUUCUUCUUAUCGUGUUUACUGCAAACCAGAGACUAUGUUUCUUAUCCUUUAUAUACAAGUAAUGUUUCUAUUCAUUCAUGUAGCACUCAAUAACAAAAAGAGUAAAGGAAAGUCUUUCAGUCAGGGGCGAAUUUAAGCACCUUUACCUGAAGAAACACUGUGUAAUAAUACAGGUUUUAUGCGGUUUUUCCACUGUACUUCUUCUUUUUGUGUUUUUCAUUUCUUUUUCAUUAAUAUAGAUAAAUGUCAUACAAUUCAAAAAGAUAUGUGCCUCUAAAGAUCGUACGUUUUUUGCAGUGAAUCGAAUUGAUCAAGGCGAGAGAGAGCUCGUUGGAUAUGACAGUUAGAAAACGAUAAUUGCUAGAACUUAAAGUGAGUUUGUAAUUGUUUGCAAAAACAUUAUUGAAACGAUUGCAACAAUUACAUUCGAAAAUAAGGGCUACAAAAGUGAUGUAAUAAUGGGACAACUUCCCUUCCUUGGAUGUAUCCUUUAAUUCCCUCCCUUACUUUUCCAUAAUUUUUAACAAAGACAAGCCUUCUUUUUGCAGCGUAUGCUAGUCUUACCUGUGCUACGGCAGUUGUGAUUAUCGAGCCCCCUGAGCCACCAGCAACCAUUCGUACAUUCUUGUGUUCAUCCAAAAUUAUGACGGGGACACCACUCGAUAACGGCCUUUUUCCUGGCUUCAUGAAGUUAACUGGCGCUGGUGGCAGUCCGAAUUCGUUUGGCAUUCCAGGGGCGCUGAAAUCAUCCAUUUCGUUGUUGUAGAUAAAACCAAGGGCACAUGAUCGGAACUUUGCUCCCAAGCUGGCGACAAAAGCAAAAAACACAAUAGGAUGGGAAUGUGCGGUCCAUCAUGAAUGAACUUCUUCACAGGGAACGCUUCGUAUUCCUUGACUUCGUUUGGGAACAGGCAAUGGUGCAGUCUCCCAGCCAUCAUUGAAUUUCCAAAAUCCAUUCCAAACCAAAACUUCAUCAUUAUGAUCUAAGAUUUCAAUUCAUACUACUACUACUUAGCUAUCAUCAGAAAAGAAUAACCAUACUUAAGAUUGAGUGAGCUUGUUGCUGACACGGCAUCACCAUUUUCUGCCAACACGCUGAUGUGAGCCGUUCCAUGGUCAUCCCUUGCAUUCAAAGCCUUGCUGUAGAUAGUCAGGGUCAGAAAAGUACGGACGAAAUGCAUUUGCGAACUUGAUGGCUUCGAGGACUCGAUGAUAUAUUACCUCCGGAGUCCAUCGAGCAGCCUGCUAUCGUGGCCUAUUCUUUAUAUUCCGCAGCUGCCAUGCCAACAAGAAAGUAAAGAAAUUUCCUGCUUUUUUCCUCCUUGCGAGUCUAAAACACGUUGCUGUGAUUGGUUGAUCGUUGACUUCCGACAACCACCAAUCAUCAACCAUCAUCAUCAAUCAAGUGGAGGCGGAAGUCCAGAUUCCUAUUCUAGGUAUAAAUAAGUAGACACUUCGCGAUGUCAUCAGUCUGGUGGAAAAGUGGUGGCACAACAGUUUGGAAGUGAAGACGCUGUGAGCCUGUUACACGAUGAAGGUCGUGUUGCUGUUUUGUGUCCUUUUUGGACUUGUCAUUUCAAUCAAUGGUGCAGCUGUUGAGGAAAACUCCGAGGUGUCGGACAAGGGUGUCCCGGAAGAUGUGAGUGUAGAGGAGGACUUUGUUAGCGAUGAAGAGGAAGAUCCAGAUAAUGAAGAGCCCUCUGAGGAUGAGAACAGUGAUGCUGCAGAACCAGAAGAGGACAGUGACGCUGCUGAACCUGAAGAGGACAAUGCAAUAGCUGAAGAUAACUCUGAGAAAGAUGAAUCUGCAUCAGAUCCUGGAUAUUACCGCAGAAGAUCCUUGCGCAGACGUAGUUUCCGCAGACGAUCCUGGCGUAGACGAUCCUGGCGCAGACGAUCCUGGCGCAGACGUAGUUUCCGCAGAAGAUCCUGGCGCAGAAGAUCCUGGCGCAGACGUACCUCACGCAGACGUACCUUACGCAGAAGAUACGGAAAAUAAGCUAAAAACUAAUGAAAAUACUUUUUGAGUUGGCUCAUUUUGUAUUGCUUUUUUAUAUUUGCAUAUUUUUGAACCUGUUGACAUAGAUCAACUGAGAGAGA